UUCGUAGAGUAGGCACAGGGCGUCGCUUACAACAAAGCCAACUUGGCCCCGCUGCUAACUCGCGCGAUAUUUCCGUAAAUGACGUGCCUCGGUGCGGUAGGCAGGAAGUAGGCCUCGGACAAAAUGGUUCGGUGUGCGUAAGGUUGUCGAAAAAGGUUCGCGUCGAACAAAAAAAAAAGAAAGAACAGUUGUUGGGAAGGAAAGCAAACGCAGAAGCUGCUCGAACCGGAACAGUACGCCAUGCUUUCGUGUUUGUGUCCGUGUGUGUGUGUGUGUACGUCGUGAUGAGGAUGCUUUUACCUGUGCCCAUGCAUCCCUCUCACAGUGUGUGCAAAGAAUAAUUUGCAACCCCAUUCAAAACAGCGCGUUUCUAACACAUUCGCAGCAGGGUGGAGUAGAACGCGUGAGCAAACGCGGGGCGGCACACAGCCGUGUAUUGUACCGCACAGUUGGUGCCAGGCCAGGCCAGUUUCGAUUCACUUUUUGGCCGUACGGAUGCGGCACACAACAAGGCACGGGUUCAGCCAGGCCGCUUCAGUUUCAUCUCGUCCCUUUGCUCGGUCCCACCGAUUGAAGGCGAAGCGCCGCGUACACCAGUGUGCUCCAAAAACUGCGCAGGCAGACGAGCAAGCAAGCAAGCGAACGAGAGAGAGAGAGAGUGAGAGAGCGACGGCUCAAAAUUCGCGCAUUCUUCCGAAAACCAGCAACGCUAGCAGCACGCCGCCGUUCAUAAGCGCCGUGUUGUGAUACGUACCGCAGAGAUUCGUGGGGGUAGAAAGCAGCAAGUCCAGUGACCAGUGUAGGGCAGAAGAAUGAAGUGAUCCAAGUGAGCCGAGAGUGCGUGUCAAUCCAGUGCAGAACCGCCAGUGAAGUGAUUCAUAGUGGUGAAUAGAGCGCUUUUUCUCGAAAACUCAACCCCAAAACCGGGGUGCCGGUUAAUAUUUUCUCGCCCACAAGUGAUGACCCCCCCUCGAUCGGGCAAGGGUGACGGCAGUGGUAGCGGUGGUGAAGUAAUAUCUGCGCCUAUAAACACUGCCCGCUAAUCUGACCGUUAGGAAAAAGCCUAGGUCAAUAGCGAAUCUAGUGUGGAUGUGCGGCGGCAACGGCGACGACGACGGUUAGUGUGGUUGGGCAGUUUUUUUACGCCGUUGGUUCGAUUUAAUCACGUUACGAUGGCCAGUGGCAUGUGUGCGUGUGUGCGAGAUCUUUAUUGGUGACGAUUCACAAACCCUCCCUACCCCCAUACUUGUAACAUCAUCACACACUUACACUCGAGCGGGUGAGAAGCUGCUAAUCAAUCGUGCACCGGCCUAUUGCGAUUCGUUUGUGUGUGUGUUGAUUAGGUGUUGUCGUCGCAUCGUGCGGCACUCGUCCGAACAGCACUCGUUUGUGAUGCAUUCGGCAUGCACCUUCACACAAGCGCUUGAGCAGCAUCACCAGGCAGCGUGCAGAGCACAGGUGAAUUGUGAAGGUUGUGUGUGACAAACGGUGUUCAAAUUGGUGACCGCUAGGCCAACUAAUCAUAGAACCCAAUAACAUAGUUGUGCAGUUAAAUUGUAAAAAGUGUGUGUGUGCCUGUGUUGUGUCGCCGAAACAAUUGAAGGAAGCAACGCACAAGGACGCUAGGUGAAAUGUGGCACGUUACGGAAGCGUUACCGUGGUAGCGUUACAGCUUGGUAGCGUUUGCUCAUGUUACCAGUGAUGCAAAACGGGCCCCAAACAGCAAUCAAAGGGCAGCAAAUGAUUGGGCACUCUGUGUUGGCACAGCGUUGGGAGGUAAAACUAUCGUUUUCCAUCGUUGAAACAAUGUGCUGGCUGGCGGCCGUUUAAAUAGGGAGAAAAGGAGGUGGUGAAGGACCAGGCGCCAUCCAUUUACCUUUUAAUACCAAAGUGAAGAAAGUAAAUACCGAAAACAUCACACACACCAAUUCGCCAUCCAAGGAGCGCGUCGGACGCAUUAGAUUUAUGCAAAAUGGUGUAUUAUUCUGGCCUUCCGUUGCUUAUGACGCAACAACAGCAGCAGCAGCAGCAGCAACAGCAACAACACGGUCCAGACGGGACGAUACUACAGUUAAGCUACAACGAUGCAAACAGUACCGAACAGUACGUGGUGGCAGGACAACCGUCUCGCAUCGGCGUCUCCCACCCUUAUCAGCAGCAGCAGCCCCAACAUCACACGAUCAGCCUCACGAACGGGCUUACGAUCAGCAACGGACCGCAGAGCUGUAGUAGCAGCAGCAGUAGUAGUAGCGGCAGUAGUUCCGGUAACGGCCAGCUGACGAUUGUGUUGAAUCCACCGGCGGCAGGUCAGCUCGUGAGCUUGGGUGGCUCCGCACUGCCCGGCACCUACACCGGUCCGAUCUCACCGGUGGGAGACAGGGGCGCUUCCUCUUCACCGGAACAGUCCACGUACCACCCGGUGCAGGUGAGCAGCGGCGGUGGCGGCGCCAGUGCUACGCCAGUCGGUUCCAAAUUUCGCUGCGACCAGUGCAACAUUAGCUUCGGUAGCAAGAGCGCCCACACCAGCCAUAUGAAAUCUCAUGCCAAACAGCAGCAGGCGAGCGAAAAGCUCACCGCCGCUGCCAAGCUGGGAGAAACCACCAUUACUGCGAGUGGGGGCAGUGGUGGUGGUGGUGGUGGUACCGGCUCGCCGGCCGGCCCACAGCCCGACCCGUACCAGUGCGACGUGUGCAAGAAGACGUUCGCGGUGCCGGCACGGUUGGUGCGGCACUACCGCACGCACACCGGCGAGCGGCCGUUCGAGUGCGAGUUCUGCCAUAAGAUGUUCAGCGUGAAGGAGAAUCUGCAGGUGCACCGGCGGAUCCACACGAAGGAGCGCCCGUACAAGUGUGAGAUCUGUGGCCGAGCGUUCGAGCACAGCGGCAAGCUGCACCGGCACAUGCGCAUCCAUACGGGCGAGCGGCCCCACAAGUGCAACGUGUGCGGGAAAACGUUCAUCCAGUCCGGCCAGCUCGUCAUACACAUGCGAACACAUACCGGUGAGAAGCCAUACAAAUGCCCGGUGGAGGGUUGCGGCAAGGGUUUUACGUGCAGCAAGCAGCUGAAGGUGCACUCCCGGACGCACACGGGCGAAAAGCCAUACCAUUGUGAUAUCUGCUUCCGGGACUUCGGCUACAACCACGUGCUGAAGCUGCACCGCGUGCAGCACUACGGGGCCAAGUGCUACAAGUGCACGAUCUGCGAUGAAACGUUCAAGAGCAAGAAGGAGAUGGAGGCCCACAUCAAGGGGCACGCGAACGAGCUGCCAGACGAUGAGGAGGCAGCGGCGGCGGCGGCGGCAUCGGAUGCUGGAGGUGCCUGCAAGCUGGAGGACGUGUCCACCUCGGGCACGGAAGGUUCGAUCAAGUUGUCGUCGUCAGCGCUGGAGGGUGGUGGUAGCGGUAGCAAUAGCAACAGCAGCAGCUCCUUCGACUAUUCGUCCAGCAUGAGCCACACCGAGGGAACGGAGCAGAGCGGCGGUCCGUCAAGCGACGAACCUUCGGGUCACUUUGCGAUUAGGAAAUCGGGUUCGUCUUCUCCAUCCUUCGCUGUGGGAGCGAACGAAGCAGGUCAGCAGGUGGGUGCCGACGAGGAGGAGGAGGAGGACGAGGAGGAGAACGAUGAAGAAGAAGAUGAAACGACGGAUGAUGGUGAACGGAAACAAAUGCCACGCUAUGAGAGUAUGGGACCGUCGUCGUUCGAUCAAUCGUUACAGCGCGCCUAUGGUGGCGGUGUCGCCCCGGCACUGCUUGCUGCGGCCUCCAUUGCGGCGGCGGUGGAGAAUGGCUGCACGGAGGUGAAGUACUGUCCGGAGCUGAAGCAGCAGCGCUCGAUCUCCCCUGUGCAACCGUCGGCCCUGUCGAUCACGCGCAACACUCCACCGCCGUCCUCGGGUUCGUCGUCAUCCUCAUCGUCCUCUUCAACGUCCUCCGUUCUGUCGAUGACACCGUCCGGGGGUACUUCCUCCACGCUGCUCGAACCGGCCGGGUCCAGUGCACCAUCCGGGCCCAGUGCGGGACAGUUUGUGUACGAGCCGAUGGCGAUCAUGAAGCACCACGGAUACUUUGCACCGGCAUCGCAGAUUACCGAGUUCCGCUCAUCCAGUGACAUUGUCCGGCAGGUGGAGGCGGCCAUUGCGGGCACGGAGAACCUUCUCACACCGCCCCGCUCCUCGCCGGAGUCGCCCGAUCGUUCCUCCUCGCCGGAAUCCGAUUCAGUAUUAAUGGCCGAUCGGGACAACAACACGCUGCCGCCGCGCAAGCGGAAGCUCUACUUCAAGGACAGCCAGCAUACGGUGUCCACCGGUCCAAAGAUGGCGUCGCUGGAAGUUACUACGCCCCAGCAUUAUGGUGUUACGGUAGUGCAGCAGCAGCAGCCGCCGACGCCGCAGCAACAUCAGCAACAACAACCUCCUCUCGAUGCUCAUUCCGGUCAUCAACAGCUGUUCCAUCCUCAUCAACAGCAGCAGGUACGGCAGCUGCACUAUCAGCAGCAGCAACGAUCAGAGGAUGAACGCUCCAUGAAGCUGGAAGUGCUGCAGCACGUGUCCGCAUGCCAGCGGCAACCAUCGCCAACACUGCAAGCACCGGCAGCAGCACCACAACAACCGCAACAAACGUCAGCACCGUCCGUCAUACGGAUGAGCUCCGUCAUUCAGUACGCAAACAAGUCCUCGUAGUGCGGCACUUAUUGAGAUGGUUAGCAGUAGUAGUUCGAGUAGUGGUAGUAGUAGUUGGAGUAGUAGUACUAUUUAUAUUGUAGUUUGUCGCAAAAUCGCUAACCGACCCGGAUCGGUGUGAGAGCCGUAGUUAUAAGUCAGCAACCAAUAACCUCACGCGAAUAGACUAAGAAGAAACCGUGAAUUCACAUACACAACCUAUAUACACUCACACACAUACACACACAUUCAUACAUCCAGUGUUUGAACUACAAACUCAUCUUUAGUCGUACCGUACAUACAUAUAUAUAAACGUAUAUAAGGGGAUACUUUCGUUGUAUGGCCCCCGUUCGCCGCACCCACCAAUGGCAUGGGAAGGUGGCGGCAGCAAGAAGAAGAAGAAGCAGAAGAAGAAGAAGAAGAAGCAAACAUAACAAGACUGUCUCAGGUUUAGAAUGGGAGGGAGGGAGGCGGGGAUUGGGAGGGUCCCAAAACACCCUUCCAACUGGGGAAGGUUAAUUUAUAAAAGCGGUAACAAAAUAAUGCAUCAUUUUAUGUGUAGUAAUUUCAUCAUUCACUGUAAUCACUAAUCACCAGGCAAUAACAGCACAGUCUCAGGAGUUGGUUGGGAGUUAUUUUUUAUUUUUACUCAGAGGGCGAAGAGUAAGCGUGUCCAAUGGGAAAUAUGAAACCCAGUGAAGAUAGAUAGAUUCCCAUUGGGAAAAGACGGGAAAGGAGAGAAGUGGAUGGUUUGAGGACAGUGGGUAAAAGGAAGUUUGGAGGAAUCGUUAAAGACUGUUGAUCAUUGUCAAAUGUGUGUGUGAGAGAGAAAAAGAUAGUUUUUGGUUGUUGUAAAGACUGGGCGUGUAAUAAUGCUGUGUGUGGGUGUGUGUAAUAAGUGAAAGACUAAGGAUGCAAAUCUUAAGCCUGACUAAAAGAGGAAAAAAAAAGGAAAUAGAACAACAACCCAACAACGCCGUUCUUGUGCAGUUUAGAUAAAUAUACUACCACCACCACCACCACCACAGCAUACACAAUUAUACAAUCCCUUCUCCCUGUAAGAGUGUAAGCACAUCCUUCCUACGCUAUGGUAUAUGUUACGCGUAUAUGUAUAUUCCGCUUCGAAAACGGUGGCCAUUUCUGAGACGAAAAGACGAAAAGACUAGCCAGCAGAGAGAGGGAGAGAGAGCGAAGGAGAGAGAUAGUAAUAGUAAGGUGCAGCGCUUAGUUAGGAACGGUUCGAGUGCGUGUGCGUGUUUGUAUGUACGAGUUACGAGUGUGAUUGGGGUGGGAUUGAGUGAAGUGCGCGCGCGUACUGAGGGGGGUAGCAUACACUAGGAUAGGAAUUUAAUGAAAGAAAAACCCGUAAACAGAAUAGACUGGAUGAUUUCCCAAAUUUGAAGCAACCGUUAAAUCUUUUAGAACUCGUAAGAAGGGGCAAAGAGUAAAGGGUGGAGUGGGGGUGUAAACGAAUACGCAGAAGGAGAGAAAGAGAGAGCGCGUGUGAAACGGAACUGAAAAUGGAAGGAACAAAUGCUUGGAGGAAGAAAAAGGUCACUCUAAUAUUAAGCGCCGAUGGGAGAAUGGAGUGUUGCAUUUACUUUUGAGCCAAAACCCCUCGCCAGUGAUGAGAAACAAAAAGGAGGAGGGCGGGGAGCAUUCAUUUCCUUUUUGUUUAAGGGAUCUCUCUAGCCAAGCACUGUGCUUCUUCUUCCUCAAAAGUUAUCUUUAAGCUUACGCCAAUCUUUAAGUACGCCAAACGUCCCUGAGCAGUAGUAGAGGGAGAGCAAACAACAUCACGAUAUCUUUGAAGUUGAUUCAAUAUACAAUACAAAACCACAACAAAUACCUCGAAUUCCUUUUUUGUUUGUUUUUUGUUUUGUUUUUUUAAGCUAUUCCUUGUUUAAUGUCCUCCUUUUCCUACUAUUAAAGCUUGCUGCUGCUGCUGCUGCACACUCUUCCCAUGGUUUUGUCAGUGUAGUGAUAGAGCGUUGUUAUUUGUUUGGCUGCUUUUUAUUACCACCUCUCGCCACUGAUCCGUUGCAGUACUUGGUUUUGGCUUUAUUAAAAAAAACGAAAUGUUCAUCAAUCAGUUCCUUAGGAUGCAAAAUUAAAACACAUAAAAGAACUAGUUGUUAAUAAUGAUGCAUGCAUGCUUGUUUUUAGGUUGGUUUUUGUUGUUGUACAUGUUUUGCGCUUCACUGCUCGCCCCCUUCGUCACUGUUUAGUCAUGUUUUUUUAAUUAAAUAUUAUUGUGCUGCGAAACACUUCCCUGUGACCAAAAUUAUACAUUUUUUAUUUGAAUUUUAUGUAAUAAUUUUAUUUAAAAAUAAAUAAAAAAACAAUCUAAACAUAUAAAACGAACAACACAAACGACUCCUCCAAUGUACUGAACUCGUGAAAAAAAAACGUGAGAGGACACACGCAUACAUAGGCAUACAUACCUACAUGCAAACACAAAACACAUUCUCAAUUACGUUAAAUGCUUUGCGGGAGGGGAUACAUGCUUCUUCAUAUGUUCAAAUAUGCUUCGAUUGUUCAGGAAGAAAUUAGUGCUUAAUGAUGAAAAUGAAAACAGUUCACUAUGUUUGGGAAAAUGAUUGAAAAAAGAAGCAUACAUACAGCGCAUGAUGUUGAAUUAUUUAAUUAUUUGUGCUUUUAAUGACACUAUCUAGCUAAAUUGAAGAAAACAAAACAAAGGGAAACAACUGUGUUACUCUAUAAGCCACACCGAAUAGGAGAGUACAGUGGAGAUAUGAAAAAGCUAGCUCACCUCAGUGUGGUGUAGCAGUUUAAUGGUGUGUGAACAGCAGAAAAGAACAGAAAAAUGAAACGAAACAGUUGAUAUUCCCUGUAGCACAGAAUAGCAACAUUCACAAGUGCGCACGCACACAUGCACACACACACAUGCAUACAAGCGUAUGAAAGAAAUAAGAGAAAGAAAGCAAAGAAAAAACAACAAUGCCUCUCCUACAGCGUGUGACACACGCAUGCAAUGUUAGCGCAAUAGGAACACCACACGCAGGAAAUGCAAAUAGGAGCGAAUCUUGACUUUGAACAGAUAAGAAAUUCUACCUACACUGCAGUGUGUUGCUUUGUGUGCGUGAGUAUGCUUGUGAGUAUGAAUGUUGCUUGAAUUUCGUCCUGGAGGCGGCCCCCGUUUUUUCAUGUCCUAGAAUAAAAUGCUUAAUCGCAAAGAGCGUAUGCCAUUUGGAACGUUUUAAACCAGUGCAUUAAAAUAA